UCUUUCUAUGGUAAAAACAAAAAAAACAAAAAAAACAAAAACGUAGUGCUCUCCCUCUUCUUCUCUUUGUUGUUCUCAACCAAUAACUUCUGAGGGAUCUCUUGAUCCCUCCUUUCUCUUUCUCUCUCCUCUUCAGAACAUUUCAACAUUUUUUCUCGUCAAGAAAAAAUCAACGCGUUCAAGGUCAACGGGAAGAUCGUUAAAUCUUGAACGGAAAAGGUUGUCUCCGGCGUGUGGGUGGUGGUUACACACUAACCGGGGUCAACCCUCCAUAAAAAUUCAAUGGCGACAACAAUGAAAGGCCUUCUCAAGGGCCUUCGUUAUAUUACUCAAAUUUUUGACGAAGAUAAAGAGGAUGAGAUGCAGAUAGGUUUUCCGACCGAUGUAAAGCAUGUUGCUCACAUCGGCAAUGAUGGUCCAGCCACCAACGCGCCGAGCUGGAUGAAUGACUUCAAACCUCAAGAACAUGAGCAAGGUCAAGUCGUUUCCAGAGGAAACUCCAACAAAUACAACCCUCAAGAGAUGAACCAAAGUGGAGCCGGGCUAAAAGAAUUGCUUCCUCCAAACACCAACGAGAAACAAAAACAGAAAACAAGGCGUAAACCGGGGUCAGCGGCUAGUCCAAACCAUAAUGGUGGUUCUGCAUCAUCAGAUGGAUCAGUGAAGCAGUCAAGACAUAACAGAAGCAAACACGGGUCAAUGGACUCAUCAUUGAGUGAUCAAGAACCUUCAGUACGUAGUAGAAGGCGUGGUGGUGGUGGUGGUAGCAAAGACACAGAAGGUUCUUCUAAUCUUAUUAUUCCUGAUGGUUCAGCUCCACCACGGAAGGCUACAUCGCGACCGAGGAAACUAAAAGGAUCAAUAGGAGGUGAAGGGUCUGUGAAGAAAUCAUCUAAAGGAAAACCCGAGAGUUCACUUGAUGAUACAUGUAAUGAUAUUAUCUGAGAGAUACUUAAAAACAAAAAACAUGAAAUGUAACUUGUGAGGCCACCUCCGUGUGAGAGUUUGUUUUAGUUUCUUGACUGCUCAAGAAGGGAAACAAAAACUUGGCUCACAAGAAACAAAACAGUUUCUGAAGGAAGGGAACAGAAAGAAAAUGCAUAUAAACUAUAUAUGUGAAUCAAUCAUAUAUUAGAUUGUUGUUUUUUU